AUGAAUAUUAUCCUGGAACAUACUGAAGAUGGAGUUACUAUUCCUCACAGAACCUAUCUGAAAACACCUGCUGAGUUCUCGGAUGAGGAUAAUGAGCUGAUAAAUCUAGAUGUAACUCUACAGCUCAUUCUGAUUGAUUCUUUGGAUCCAGUAAUGUACAAUAAUGUUGUCAAUUGUACAAGUGCUAAGCAGAUAUGGGACACUCUGCAAAUUAUCAAUGAAGGAUCUGAGGAAGUACGGGAAAACAAGAAGGAAAUUCUUGUGGCUCAAUAUGAGCAAUUUGGUUCUAAUUCCGGAGAAGGAAUUUCUGAAGUAUUCAUCAGAUUCAACAAUUUGAUAAACAAUCUGAAUCUGAACGGGAAAUACUACGACAACAAAGAGGUGAACCUAAAGUUUUUGCUGACGCUCCCUGAGCAUCUAGAACAUCGGAUAACCGCCAUCAGAGAAAGCAGAGAUUUGACAGAGAUCUCAUUGGAACAGCUGUAUGGGGUUCUGAAAACCUAUGAAUUGGAACAGGCUCAAACUAAACAGAGAUACGGAUGGGGAAAGACACUGAACACGUCUACGUCUGUCAGCAAUUCUACUGCCCUCAUAAUACAAUCACCUCUUGUGAAAGAAAGGAAGGUUGUUGUACCUUCAAGAAGCUCCCAGGAGUAUGUUGUGCCGGAAAUGGGACAUACUUCAGUAAGUACGGGAGAUGAUGAAUUUUACUCGAUGGAAGAGUUAGAUCAGCUGGAGGACGAAUCUCUUGCUAUGUUUGCCAGGAAGUUUGGUAACAUGAGAUUUAGGAAGAAUCCCUCCUACAAGUUUAAAUCUUCUGGUAGUAAAUUUCAGAAAGGGGGAUCUUCGUCCACAACAUCAAAAGGGGCUUACAAGACUGGGAUGGUUGAUCGAAGCAAGUUUAAAUGUUUCAACUGUGAUGAGCCUGAUAGUGAUGAGGAGGAAGAGCGGGGGAAUGUUGCUCUAAUGGCUUUCAUGAAACCUUCUACACCUCCACAUCGCACUGGCGGAUUUCCGGUAGAUCCUACUUGCCCUAAACUUUUUAUGCAAUUAGGACUUGAACGUGAUGAUGCUCUUAAUAAGUUGAAAGCUUUAACUCUAGAACACAAAGCUUUAAAGCUGGAGGUUCAUGAGUUAAAGUUAAAAGAAAAACUAGUGCUCACCCCUAAAAUUGAACAACUAACUAGUCAGUUAUUGACUCAGACUAAUAAAGUCGAAGUGUUAGAAUAUAGGGAGAAAAAGUUGAAUGAGCAGUUAGCUGAAGAAAAGGUUAGGUGCCUUGCUUAUAAGGAGUCGACUAAUAUUGUUAAGAACCUAGUGGACCAACAAGUGAUUAAAAGGAAAGUUGGUAUAGGUUUCGAUUACAACAAGUCGGUAGGUAAGGCUAGUAAUAUAACUCCUUUUGUUAAGAGUGCUGAAGACAGGGGUAUCCCACAUGUUUUAAAGGAUGCUCCCAAACCUUUAUUCAAAACCCCUGUCGCAGAACCAUUAUUUGAUAUGCCCGUGAUUAUUCAAUAUGAAAUGAAUUUAGAGGAUAUUGAGAAUGAGAGGGAGAUAUUGGCAUCUGUAGAGCCAAUGCAAGUUGAGGGCACAUUCAGUUCGCCCAAAGAUGGCAUAGGUGCCAAUGGCUUAAAGAAUAAUUUUAACAAGCCUAAUAAGUUUGUUAAAUGCAGGAAUGGUAACAAUACAUGCUCAUCUACUAAUAACAUUAGAACUUCUGAAAAUGUUAAUGUAGAAACUAUUAAACCCCCUGUUGUUCUGAAUAACAUGCCUACUGUUCCUUUAGUUGAUAUGUGCCAUAAACCUUGUGGUGUUGAUAAUUGCAUGUUGUGUGCGUUUAAUGACUCAAGCACAAUCUUCUGUGAUAAGGGAUUCCAAGUAAACUUUGUCAAGGAGAAGUAUUUGAUAUCUCACACUAAAGAUGACCGUCUUGCUCUCUGUAGAGUAAGAAAAGCUAACUUAUACUUAGCUGAUCUCAAUUUAAGAACCAAUGAUGAAGAUAAUUGUUUCUAUUCAAAGGCUUCACCUGAAGAUAGUUGGCUAUGGCAUAAGAAGCUGUCUCACCUUAAUUUUAAAAUUGUAAGCUCUUUGGUCAAGAGGGAUUUGGUGAGAGGACUGCCUCCUUUGGAAUUCACUCAACAAGGUCUUUGUGAGGCAUGUCAGAAAGGGAAGGCUAAGUUAGCAUCAUACAAAGGCACAGACACCAGUAACAUUACUGAACCACUGCAACUAUUACAAAUGGAUUUAUUUGGUCCAGUCAAUGUGAUGUCUUUAUCAAGAAAGAGAUAUGCCUUGGUGAUUGCUGAUGACUUCUCUAAGUUCACAUGGGUUUUAUUCCUACAUUCUAAGGAUGAAACUCCACAAUUGGUAAUUGAUCUUAUCAAGGAGAUCGAGUUGGAUUCGAAUGAUAAACUUCGUGUCAGAGCAAUGAGGUGCAAUAAUAGAACCGAGUUUAAGAAUGAAACUCUCAACAUAUUUUGCUCCGACAAGGGAUAA